AACCAUUUUUUAACGCCAGGUUUCAUCUGCGAGCGAAAGCGAAAAGAAAGAGGCAGCGCAAUUACGUGCAGCUCUUGAACAACAAAUGGACCAAUUGCGAGAUGUCCAUCAAAAACAGGUGGCGGCGCUUCGUGACGAGAUUGCCGAGAAACAACAACUUAUCAACGAUAUCAAAGACUCGAACCAAAAGCUAAUGCUAACGCAACAGCAAUUGCAAUCCGACUAUGAGAAGGUCAAGGCGGAAGAAACGGAUAAGUCCAACAAAUUGCAGGAACUCAUUUCUACUAACGAGCGUCGUGAACAAGCGCGAAAGGAUCUCAAGGGGCUCGAAGAUACAGUUGCUAAAGAACUUCAGACUUUACAUAAUCUCCGUAAACUGUUCGUGCAAGAUUUACAGGCCCGAAUUAAAAAAGCUAUCACUUCCGACGAUAACGAAGAGGACGGAGGAUCUUUGGCGCAGAAGCAGAAAAUCUCAUUCUUAGAAAAUAAUUUAGAUCAACUCACGAAGGUGCACAAACAGUUGGUGCGCGACAACGCCGAUUUGCGGUGCGAGCUACCAAAGUUGGAGAAACGUCUGCGCGCCACGAUGGAACGUGUCAAAGCUCUCGAAUCCGCACUGAAGGAAGCCAAAGAGGGUGCUAUGCGCGAUCGUAAAAGGUAUCAAUACGAGGUGGACCGUAUUAAGGAGGCGGUCCGACAGAAGAACCUCGCGAGGCGUGGUCCUGUUGCUCAAAUUGCGAAACCGAUCCGUGCCGGUCAACAGCAUCACGCCAUUAUCGGUGGUACUAAUGCAGUUCGUCCUAUGGCCAAAGUUAUUAAUAGCGACGAUGGUCAAAAACGCAAAUCUAUUAUUGCCACUGGAAAUAAAGGUGAAUGAUGAGUGCUGAAACAACUAUCCGAAGCUGAAAUGGUGCAUUAAUUAGAAGUAGUGAAGGAACUUGAAAAAAAAGUAAUACCAAAUAUAUUACUACUAAUACGGCUGCGUUUUAAGUUUUUUUAUGCAAACUUCCCCGGCAGUUAUUAAAAAUGAACGCCCGGCUAAUUUUGCGUAAAGACACUUAUUUAUACGUGCUUACUCGCUUAUUUUAUUCUAGUAUAAGGUGCACUUUUCAACUAUGUUUCCUAAGCAGAUUGCUCUCAUUAAAAUGUUGAGCAGUUAGCUUCGAAAAUAUUUUUAAAGUUAAACGCUGUUGUUGUCACCACAUCAUAGAUGUAGCAGGGGUCUUAAAUCGGUUUCUUUUUUAUAAAGCUUAUGUGGUUGUACAGUAAUCGAUGGUAUAACUGAUAUUUUACUACUUUACUGUGUUAUUUAUUGGCAGUGGUGUACAAUAAUUGUUGGAAUUACAAGUGCAAUGUAUUUAUUGAGAUAAAAGGAGACACUUUCCAGUGAAUUUGCACCGAGUUAGUGCUUGUUAUGAAAUGUCGCCACGUCUAUACCCCAGUACUUUUCUUUUCUUUGAGCAAAACUGACAAUAGAUUAAUGGGUGAAAUGCGCACGGACCGAUACUGGAAAAUGGAUCUAUUAGUAGUAGCAAAGCACUCUUUAGUUAAAUUAAUACAACACUAGUAUAAUUUUCUAGUAAAUUUAUAUUUUCCUACUAAAGUACGUCUUUCUUCCUUUGUACAGUAGCUAAAUUAUUUUCGAUUUAUUUAUAUUUGAUUGUAUAAAUUAUGUGCUUUUUAAUUUUAUUAAAUAUUUUGUGUUACGUU